AUGACAUCGCCCGGAGAUGCUACUCCGGUCAAACCUCCGCCGUCCUUCUCCCCCGGCGUUACGCGAGUCGCCUCCCCAUCACGAUACCCGGAGGAGCAUGAAUCAGCUCAGUCUAUAGAUGUCCAACUGGCCGAAUCCCAGUCAGCCUCAUCAUCAACCCCUCCUCUCUCAGCCACCAUUUCCGACUUACCGAUCCGCUCCGGCUCGCCGCACUCGCGCUCUGGGAGAUCCUCCACCCCGCAAUUAGCCAGGUCAUCCAUCGGUUCGCCUUUCGAUGGACGGGCAGAUGGCUCGGAAGAUAUCAGAUCAUUAAUCAUUCGGUCCUUCUCGCCUACAAUCGCUGUUCAUGCAUCCGAGGAUACUGAACACUUGGUGAGGAACAAAGGGUUCAAGGGGGGAUUUUGGGAGUUGAUCCGGCCUUUUGGGGAGACUGUCUCCGGGAAGGUGGUAAUACGGGAUAGCAUAGGCUCAAGUCGUGCCUGGGAAGACUAUGGAGUGCGCUUUGUCAAUUUCAAGGGGAUCGGCAAGUCUACGCCAAGCCGAGAUUCUGGGCCGCUGGCGCAGAUGGAGGAGGUAUUGACGAAACAGCUGGAUUCUUCGGAGGGUCUCAUGGGCGCAUCAGUACGGGCAAAGGAUGUGCUGGGAUUCCCUGCAGCAACGCCAUUGUUCAAAUCGUACCUUCAACAACUUCUGUGUGUCGCACCCGCAGCGCCUCAUGAGACAUUCGGCCAUCCCGUGGCCAAUGUAAUAGCCAUCAGCUCUCGCAAUCCGGCUCCACUGGAGACGCUCAGGCAGCUAUAUGCGGACAGUACGACUGGUGACAGACACCUUCCCGACUGGGUCCAUCAAGAGUAUCUUCGGUAUUAUGUCCUGGUCCAUGAUGAGGAACGAGAUGAUAUCACGGAAUCUACCAAGCUUUACGAUCAGAUGAAGCGACACUUUGGGCUACAUUGUCAUCUUUUAAGGCUUCGGAGCAGUCAGUGCGUGGUGACAGAUGAUGAUAGUGUACAAGUUCCCCAGUGCGAAUGGCUCUCGCCUUCAGAGCAUUUGUCGGGGGCAGGUGAAGCAGGCACGUUAAUUUCAAACCACGGUCGGAAAUUUGCUAACUUGCAUUCAGAAACAUUGGUUGACCUAGGCACCGAUGGCACACCAUAUCUCUUUGAUUCCGAUGCAACUGCAAUUAGGGCCUUCAUUCGGGAGCUAGUUGUGCAAUCUGUGAUACCAUUCAUGGAAAAUAAAGUGGCUGUUUGGAAUGAUCAAGUCGCAUCGCGGAGGCGCGGUAUCAGUGGAAGGUUUAUAUCAAUGUCAAAGCGAUGGGCUUUCGGAUCAAGUUCGCGCUCAGGUAUCGCAGGCUCGUCAGGUGGCAACAGUGGAAAUUACGAUUCAACGCAGCACUUCUACAGUCCAGAUUCCCCUGAGGCUGUUCUACGGAAGAUGGCAGACUUUGCAUUCAUGCUCCGCGACUGGAAGCUUUCUACGUCCACAUACGAGAUGAUCCGAUCGGAUUUCGGCAACGACAAAGCGUGGAAAUAUCACGCCGGUGCCCACGAGAUGUGCGCUGUCAGCAUGCUUCUAAAUCCACUGGCCACGUCAGCCAAAAUCAAGCUUGAUAGCGUGGACCAGUUGUUCGAGACUGCCUGCUAUUCCUAUCUCACGCGUUGCUCGGACGUACCACAUGCACUCCGUUGUCUUUCUCUGGCAGUCGAGCUUCUCAAAUCUCGUGGCGGGUCAGCCACCGAGAGCGCAGCCAAAUGGGCCAUGCGGGUCAUGGACUUUGGGCUGGUUGGUUCGGUGGGUCAGAUUCUGUACACCGAAAGGGUAGCAGCGUGCUAUGCAUCCAAGACACCAGUUGGUGCAGCGAAAUGGGGUGGGCGCCGCCGAAAAGCCGGAAUGUGGAGUACGCUCGCUGCAGACCAAUGGCUCAAGGCCGGCAAACCAACACUUGCUUCAGCCUGUCUGGAAGAAGCCGAACGUCUCUAUGCUGACGUAUUGGAGGCAGAUGGUGUGUUCCCAAUGCCUGAGAUGCAAGGUUUUGUCGACAACCUGCGCCAUGCUGUCAAAGUUGAAUAUCUUGAGGCUAGAGGAUUUGACGCCAGAGAUAGAUCUCCCAACGAAGACCCCCUAGAUACUGAAGAGACCAGCGAAAAGCUCGACAAACGCAGCCAUCGCCGUUCUCUGAUUGGGCUCCCUGUGCAGCUGGACGCCGGAGCCCUCAACACGCAGGGUCCUCGGGACCCUGAGAACCCGAAUGAUGACUUUGAACGAGCUUAG